UAUACGAGGGAGCGUCACCCGCAGGGACUUCAGAAGAACUUUUUUUUUUUUGCGAGAAAAACUUAUUUUUAUCUUUCUGUUUUCGGUUUGUUUAUUUGAGUUUGUUUGGAAUUUGGUUUAUUCUUUUGGCGUUUCAAACCGAAGCGAAGAACAACGAACUCAUUCUACAUGUAUUUAUACAAGUUGCGAAGGGAGUCACUCAUGACAACUACAUAUUGAAAAACGCGUGUGGUUCUGGAUACGAUAUGUACUGGUUACAGGUGCUCUCCUGUGUCGGUUUGGUCUUACUAUGGAUACCGGAGUCGGUGCACUCGCAGUCUCAAGGAGUGUCGGUUUGCUCUGGCACUCAGAACUCCCUCAGUGUCACUGGGAACUCGGAGCAGCAGUACCAGAUGAUGCAGAAGAUGUACGAAGGCUGUGAGAUCGUCAUGGGCAACCUGGAGAUCACACUCAUGGAGCACAGCCGCAACUUCAGCUUCCUGCAGUCCAUCAGGGAGGUGACUGGCUACAUCCUCAUCGUUCUCAACCAGUUUGACUUUCUGCCGCUGCAGAACCUGCGAGUGAUCCGAGGCACCAGUCUGUACGAGGACACCUACGCACUGGCCAUACUGCUCAACUACCAGAAGGAGGGGGUGCUGGGGCUCCGACAGCUGGGCCUGACGCAGCUGACAGAGAUCCUGGAAGGGGGGGUGCUGAUCCACAACAACAAGUUCCUGUGCUACGCGCCCCAGAUCAACUGGGAGGACAUUGUGAGGGAUUCGGACGCCAGGGUCACGAUUGAUGAAAACAGCGUGGCUGAGAACUGCUCCUGCCACGAGGUUUGUAACCACCGAUGCUGGGGUCCCGGGCCAGAUAAGUGUCAGAUCUUGACAAAGACGGUCUGCGCCCCGCAGUGUAACGGACGCUGCUUCGGGAGCAGCCCCAGUCAGUGCUGUCACAGUGAGUGUGCGGGAGGGUGCUCCGGAGUGCUGGACACCGACUGCUUUGCCUGCAGUCACUUCAAUGACUCGGGGGCCUGUGUGCCCCUCUGCCCGCAGCCUCUCAUCUACAACAAGCAGAGAUUCCAGCUGGAGCCCAACCCCAACGCCAAGUACCAGUACGGCUCAAUCUGCGUCAGCCAGUGCCCCCUGAACUUCGUGGUGGACGGCAGCUCCUGCGUCCGCGCCUGCCCCCCAGACAAGAUGGAGGUUGAGAAGAAGGGAGUGAAGCAGUGUGAGCCGUGCGACGGGCCCUGCCCCAAAGCCUGCAAGGGAACAGGUUCCAAAAAGAGGCAGACAGUGGACUCCAGCAACAUCAACAGCUUCAUCAACUGCACUAAGAUCCAGGGCAACCUGCACUUCCUGAUCACUGGCAUCGACGGGGACCCCUGGCGCAACAUCUCUGCUCUGGAUCCUGAGAAGCUGAAGAUCUUCGGGACCGUGCGGGAGAUCACAGGUUUUCUCAACAUCCAGUCGUGGCCCAAACAGUUCAACGACUUAAGCAUCUUCUCCAAUCUCACCACCAUCCGCGGCCGCACGCUCGACAACGAUUUCUCCUUGCUGGUGAUGAAGCUGCCCAAUGUGACCUCUCUGGGGCUGAGCUCCCUGAGGGAGAUCAGCUCAGGCAAUGUGUACAUCAGUGACAACCCCCAGCUCUGCUUCCACCACACCAUCAACUGGAGCUUCCUCACCAAGUCCAAGGAGCGACAGAAAACCAAAAUCAAGAACAACCAGCCAGCAGGGAGCUGCAUGUCAGAGGGUCAUUUCUGUGACCCGCUGUGCUCCAGCAAUGGCUGCUGGGGUCCGGGUCCGGAUCAGUGCCUGUCCUGCCGUAACUACAGCCGAGAGGGGACCUGUGUGCCAGACUGCCACUUCAAUGAGGGUGAGUUUCGGGAAUUUACCACACCCUCAAACGAGUGUUACCCAUGUCACCCGGAGUGUCUGAAGAUUGAAGGAGAGCCCAGCUGCAGAGGGCCGGGUCCGGAUGCCUGUGUUUACUGCGCUCACUUCCAGGACGGCCCUCACUGUGUGGAGUCCUGCCCAGAGGGCAUCAUGGGACAGCAGGGCCGUAUCUUCAAAUACCCCAACUCCGAGCACCGCUGUGAGCCCUGCCACACAAACUGCACCCAGGGGUGCACUGGCCCGAAGGAGAGUGACUGCUUUGGAAACCCCAGCGCUGUGUCCAGUCUCCCCACCACAGGGAUCGUGCUGGGAGUGCUCUCGGGGCUCAUCGUCUUGUCCUCUGUGUUCGUGCUGACCGUGCUGUACCGCCGUGGGCUGGCCAUCCGCAGGAAGAGAGCCAUGAGGAGGUACCUGGAGAGCGGAGAGUGUCUGGAGCCCCUUGACCCCGGGGAGAAGGGUUCAAAGGCCCACGCCAGGAUUCUGAAGGUGGCAGAGUUACGAAAGAUGAAGGUCCUGGGUUCUGGAGUCUUCGGCACCGUGCACAAGGGAGUGUGGAUUCCCGAAGGAGACUCGGUGAAGAUUCCUGUCGCCAUUAAGACUAUCCAGGACCGGAGCGGCCGGCAGACCUUCCACGAGGUCACUGAGCACAUGCUGGCUAUGGGCAGUCUGGACCACACCUACUUGGUGCGGUUACUGGGGGUCUGUCCUGGAGCCUGCCUGCAGCUUGUCACUCAGCUCAGCACGCAGGGGUCCUUGCUGGAACACAUCAGGCAGAAGCAGGACAGCCUGAGCCCCCAGCGCCUGCUGAACUGGUGUGUCCAGAUCGCCAAGGGAAUGUAUUACCUGGAGGAGCACAAGAUGGUCCAUCGGAAUUUAGCCGCUCGGAAUGUCCUGCUCAAAUCGGACAACAUCGUCCAAAUCUCGGAUUUCGGGAUCGCAGACCUGCUGUAUCCCGACGACAAGAAAUAUGUCUACAACGACGUCAAGCAGACCCCUAUUAAAUGGAUGGCCCUGGAGAGCAUCCACUUCCGCAGAUACACUCACCAGAGCGACGUGUGGAGCUACGGUGUGACAGUGUGGGAGAUGAUGACGUUUGGGAAUGAGCCCUACGCUGGGAUCCGCCCACAGGAAGUGCCGGACCUGCUGGAGAAGGGGGAGCGCCUGUCCCAGCCUCACAUUUGCACCAUCGACGUCUACAUGGUCAUGGUGAAGUGUUGGAUGAUUGACGAGAAUGUCAGACCCACCUUCAAAGAGCUGGCCAAUGAAUUCACUCGGAUGGCCAGAGACCCGCCCCGCUAUCUUGUCAUCAGUCGGAACAAUGGCUACACGGAACUCCCGUUUGAAGAGACCUCCCAGAAGGGGGUGGAGCUAGAUGGCCUGGAGGUGGAGCUGGAGGAGGAGGAGGAGGCGGGGCUUGACGGUACCAUGAACCCCUCCUCCCUCUACCUCACUCCCAUGCGCUUCCCAUCCCGCCAUCGGAUAGACUCUGCAAAGAGCAUGGGCGGUCCUGCAGGGUACAUCCCGAUGACUCCCGGGACAGCGGGAGAGCCCUCCAGACAGGUGGUGUGGCCCUCGAGAGGCCGCUUGGACUCGACCCGAACGCACUCGGAAUCCUCGGAGGGGCGUGGCACGGCGUCGGAGCUGGAGAUGAACGAGGACGGCUCAUUGGCUGGGAGCCUGCGCAGGGGGCGGCGCCGGGAGGACAGCGCCUAUCACUCGCAGCGCAUCAGUCUAAUCAAUCCCUCGGAAACAGGGGACCUGGAGGAGGAGGAGGACCACAAUGGAUACGUCAUGCCGGGGACCUCCAGCACCCCCGAGAAAGAGCCCCGCUCGUCCUUGUCGGGUUCCCGUGACGACGACAGUGAAGAAUACGAAUACAUGAACAAACAGAGCCGUCUGCUCUCGCUGUCACCACGCUGCAGUACUGCCGAGCCACCACAGGGAGGCGCUGCUGAGCUCAAGCAGAGCAAGUCUCCACGCUGCUCCACCUCCAAAUCCCCAGCAGCCCCUGCUGAGCAACAGAAACAAAAAGACACUGUAGGGUACGAGUACAUGGACACCCGCUGCGUGGUGCUGGACCCCAAGGAACCUCAGAGUGCCACCUGGCGGAAGGAGGACCCAACAACAGCCAAAGAGGAGAAAGAGGAAGACUAUGAGUACAUGAACAAACAGCCCAGACUGACCAAGUCACUGAGCAUGCUCCGAAACUCCAGCAAGCCACAGAUGGAAAGCGAGAGGACUGGGAAAGCAGCGUCAGUGGAAGAUUUGGGUUCAAAUGGUCCGGAAUCGGAAAACACCGCCCCGGAUCAGCAGGAAUACGAGGAGAUGGACGCGUUCGCACUUCCGGAAGACUCGGAGGAUCACGGCAUUAACAUGACGCCCCCGGAAAAGGCGCCGGAAUAUCAGAACUUUCCCGAAACGGAGAAAGCGCGCGAGAAGGGCCGUGUGAACGGGUUUGUGAAAAUGCGGGCCGGUGCUAGGGAGCAGGAUCACUCCUUCGAUAACCCUGAUUACUGGCACAGCCGACUCUUCCUUAAACCAGAUGCUGUGCGAACGUAGGAUAAGCUAACCCCCUAAACUCAGACCAGAAAUCACACUGUGUUUGACAGCACAUGCUUCUCUCUUAAUUCACAUUAACCAGUUGACUGUUUGCUGCUGAUUAAGAACAUGAGUGUUUAAUCUAACAGAAUCUAACGCUGUGUGUUUCUAGAGUUGUAGGUGUUACGACUUCACCUGCUAAACUGUGCAUUGGUUUGCAGUUCCAAUGUAACAGAACCACAAGAACAAGAACGAUGCUGUCUUGGUUAUGGACAGCAAAUAUAUCUGAAGAUUAAGGGGUUCAUUCUCCUGCUGAAUCCUUAAUCUAGCACCAUCUGGUGGGCAAUUGAUGAAAUGUUUAGUGUCACUUGUGGACAAAUAUUGGAACUGCAAAGUCUUUUUAAAUAGGCAGACAGUGCUUAAGACUGCAAAUUCUUUGAAUGAGAUUUCUGUUAGAAUAAAUGCCAUGUUAUGACUUUAUAGGCAAAAAUCCAAUUUGAAUUUACAAUGCAACCCUGCUCUAAAAUGGACAUGUCAUGUAUUGGAUCAUUAUUAGCUGGUCAACCUGCAAAAAGGGAAAUAAACUAGAGGCGUCUAUGGCUUCCAGUUCAGGUCGCCUCCAGCUGGAACUAUGGGGUGUGUCCUGUUGGUAAAAGGGGUGUGGUUAAAUGAAGAGAAGGGGUCAAUAUCGCACAGACCAACAUUUAUUCUACAGCCGCUGUUUCAAUUAAAAACCACUAGAGGGUGCUGUGGUGCACUAAAUACUGUAGUGCUCUGCAGAGUUCACUUAGCAAUGAAGGUGCUUAUUUAGUGAAAGCCAGGCAAAUCAAACUGUUAGUAACUGUUAGCGGUACAAUUGAGGAUGGCCUUAAUAGUUCAUUGUGCCUUGCUCAAGUGGAAACAGAGUGCAGUUCAUGUCAAGAACAAAAUGAAGAAUCCAGGUACAGAAUGACAAACUUUUCAUUUUCUGCUGCCUAAAGUGGAGUCCAAAGCAUAGGAGAGAGUGCCACACAGUUUACAGAGCCUCGUGUUCAACUACUGUUGUUCAGUUCAUACCCACUAGAGGGUGCUGUGGUGCAUUUACUACUGCAAUCUCAGGUUCAACUUCUUUAAUCCAAAAGAUAUUUACUUAGCCAACACCUAGGGCAUUUGGUUGAGCUCUGACCCAAAUAGAGACAUUCUUAUUUCUUUUUUCCUUUUUUUAGUGGGUUACAUUCUGAUGUAUAAACAUCAGCACUGUACCGCAGCACAUACAGAGGCAUCAAGCUGCUCCUUAUAGUUUUACAUUGGAAUAAACACAAAAGCCAGUCAAACAGAUCAAUACUGGAGCGUCUCAGAACCUCUCAGAAUGACUGCAGACAUCAUAAGGCAACAGUAAGCAUAAAAUUAAACACGAAGACGGAACCUGAAGCUACAGCAAACUUCUGUAGGAAUUCUAGAAUCGUGAUGGCACUCCUACAAGCAUUAUAGAGCCCUCUGCAGGCUGAGGAAUGGAACUGCACCUAAUUGAAGUCUCCCUUUUCAGAAGCUCUGCAUUUCAUGUCUGCGAGAUUUAAAGUUUCUAUUGUAUGGUAUAUAUUUUUUAAACUGUCUGAACACUGAAGCCUCUCCUGUAUUUCAAUUGAGGGCUGAAAGUCUUUUAGAAAUGUUUUUUUUUUUUUGUAAAUAUUUUUGGAUGUGUUUGAAGUGUAAAAACCAGAGAAACUAUACACUCACUGGUACUAUUUCAAGUUCAAAUGAGAAUUUCUUAAAUACAGAUCCUGUUUACAAUCAGGGUUCAAGAACCAAAGUACAUCUGAACCCUCUUAAUAAAUCACAGAAUCCCCUAAUCCUCCCCUGUUGUUUUCUGCUUUCCAUUUCCUGUUGAAGAUGUAAUGACAAAUGCUGUAAUCCCUACCCUCACAAGGAAUUCAGCCCACAGAUCCAGACACAACACUAUAAGCGGAUUUCCUGUCUUGUGUCCCAGGUAAUAGGAACUCCUAUUCUAUGCUGCCAAUUUUCAGGGUCAUGAGGUGGGGUCCUAUUUCCUGUAACACAGGAAGGACGUGAUCGUCUGUCAAAUGUAUAGAGUUGUGGUAGGGACGGACUGACUCAAAGUGAAAGUCAGAGAGACAGACAGCUUAAAAUGGAACGACAGGAAAGAACGAAACACUUUGCUAUAACAUCUUUCAGCUGUAAUCUGUGUUAGAAUGUACAUUUUUUAGGUUCAUGCUAUAUCCCGUAUGCUGUAUUAAAUAGCCAUUUAAUCACUGUACUUUUACACAAUGUGAUUUUUGUUUUAGGGUCACAGCUCCACUGAAAUGAAGAACGCUUUCUAUGCUUUGAUUAUCGUGCUGUGUGUGUGUGUGUGUGCGUGCUGCUGUGCCAGCUGAUAAUCUUCAUUUGAUAACCAAAGACAUGGGAGUCAAUCAGGCCUUCUAUAGAAUACAUCUCUGGAAAUAAUCGUAUCAAUUCAUAGUUCAGAAGAUGUCCUUCAUAGAAAAUAAUCAUUUCACGUGUCAGACUUUGCUUGUGCAUUGCAACGGAAAAUCUCUGUAGACAAGCAUCAAAGGUCCUAUUAAGGUCAUAUUGUGAGCUUUCUGUUUUUAUAUACAACUGAGUUUUCCAGAAAUGCUACUUUUUAAUCCUUGACUUGGUCCAACAAAGGCUUUCAUCUAAAACACAGAGUUGUGAUGUGGGGACUAAACAGUCCUAGAACCAGUAAGUUAAAUACCCAGGUAAUCAAGGUAAAUGUAGAGUAUGCACCAGCAUCAUCAGCGCAGGGUGUUGCAAGCAGCUGAUCAGGGCUUCACUAUGACUGGUGGAAUUCUGUGAUGAGAUGGAAGUAAAGUUUAACAAGUAAAGUGAUAUAAUGAACUACUUUAAGGUCUGGUUUAAUGGGUUUAAUUAAACCAUUUAGAACAGGGCUGGAACAAAGACCAGGGGUGGAAGGGCCGGCUUUGGCUAGCCCUGUGCUUGUUAAUGCAACUUUGUGUUAAUUAUGAAUGCACAGCGCCCCCUGUGCUUGUCCACUGUCAUUGCUUUCACCGUCUUUGCUUUUUGGCCCUCAAGUGACUUUAUAAGUUCUUGUUUGAUUCCUGGGUGUCUAAUUUAUAUUCGUCUUCCACUGUUCACCUUCCAGUUUGUUUACAUUCCCUGGUGUGUGCACACAAGCUUCUACCCUCCUUGUAAAGCCUUCUUGCCACUCUAUAUGUGAACGAAGCUGGCACGCCCCUGCAGCGGUGGGAGGUUACAGAUUUCAUCUCUCAAGCUGCAGAUAUGUUUUUGUAAUGAAUUACUGAUGAAUUAUACAGGAAACACAGGCAGAGCUGAUAUUUUCAAUGUAUUAAAAGCUAUUUUAAAUCUAUGCACUUCACCUUUAAAUAAAACAAUGCAAUUCAAAUGUAAUGUAGCAAAGUGAUAUAUAUAUUCUGUAUAUACUGUAUAUGAUAUCAUAGAAUGUUAUGGUCACUGCAAUGCUAUGAGGGGAGGUAUUUACUAUAAAACAUUCCAAACCUCGGCAGUGCUUCAGAGAUGUUGAAUCGCAUCCCUUACUGUAGAGAAUUGGCUAUCAGUUGUCUGUCUUCUUUCAAAAAUGUGGAGUUUAUUACAGAAGAGAAAUAUGAGCCAGCGUGUCAGUCCUAUCUGUAAUCCACUCUGUAAAGGACUCGUGGUUUGGGGUGUCGUUACUUUCGUUUAUUCGCUUUGUGCAGGCAGGGCCAGCACAGGUACUAAGAGACACCGACACUUUACUGUAAGGUGUUUUAAGCACACGCGAGUGUUUUUUUUCUCUGUUUAACAGGAAUAGGAGUAUAAUAGACAGAGUAAAACACUUUGCAAGCAGGCACGUGGAAUCAUAGCUCAGCUGAUAUCUGUUUUUUGUUUUUCUCAAAAUGAUUGUUUGUUUAGUUACCUCUGUGUGUUUCUUUUUUGAGCUGAAUAUUUUGUAUGGAAUACAUUUUAAAUAAAUAUUUGACUUUCAUCUCGUGGUUAAA